GGCAGAUAGGAAGCAGCAACCAACAAAGUAUCUGACUGCACAUACAGUAGCCAUUUCUGUUGCUGUGAUUAGUGGUUCACCUGGAGCAUCUCUGCUUGUGUGACACCUCACCUUUAACCUCUGAGGUCCACCCUUGAGAGGGUCCUUGCUGGUACCAACUUUUAACAGACAGACAGACGAACACGUCCUUCCUGAGAAGCAGGAUGUCUGAACUGUCUGCUUUCCCCCGAACGUCCUUCCUGUUGCUUUGCAUUCUGGGUAUGACCUUGGUGACAUCUGGCUUCCCUCAGCCUGGACUACCUCUCAGAAAUCCUGAUAAUUCAGAGGAACCUAUACUAGAUGACUGGGAUGUCCUCUUACCCUCCAUCUCUCUCCGUAAUUGGAGCAUUCCAGUGAUGUCAGCGCCCAGCCUCAGAGCUCCAGCCAACAGCAAGGCAAGACUGAUGAGGGAGGCGUGGCUCUUUGCCCCUGAGAAAGCAGAGGCCAGCGUGGAGAGGGCGUGGCCUGCAGAAUGGUCAUCUAAGGGUGCCGGCAUGAUGAAGAGGAACAUGGUGGUGGCUGAUGAUGCUGCCUUCAGAGAGAAGAGUAAACUCCUCACCUCCAUGGAGAGACAGAAGUGGCUCAACUCCUACAUGCAGAAACUACUGGUGGUUAAUUCUUCAUGA